AUGGCCUCCACCGGGUACUGCGUGGACAGGCUCCGAGCAGGGCCGUGGCCGCGCCGUGGGGCCGGCGAGUGUGAACCCAACCUUGUGUUAGGCACGCUGUCCGUUUUUGAUCAUGUGAAACUUUUCAUCUAUUUUGAGCAACCUCUUGGGCUUUGUGAGGUUUCCGGCAUCUUCCAGGAGGGAAGGUCACAGCUGGGCCGGAGAGAGGGACCCCGGCGGGGGGAGCCCGGGGGGCGGCGGGCUGUGUCUGGCGCUGGGGAAGGCGGCCUGGCAGGGCCCGGGGGUGAGGACGGCCCCUUCCUCGCUGCCAGGUUCUACUGGGACUUCACCAUGCUGCUGUUCAUGGUGGGGAACCUCAUCGUCAUCCCGGUGGGCAUCACCUUCUUCAAGGACGAGACCACGGCCCCGUGGAUCGUGUUCAACGUGGUCUCGGACACCUUCUUCCUCAUGGACCUGGUGCUGAACUUCCGCACGGGCAUCGUGAUCGAGGACAACACGGAGAUCAUCCUGGACCCCGAGAAGAUCAAGCGCAAGUACCUGCGCACGUGGUUCGUGGUGGACUUCGUGUCGUCCAUCCCCGUGGACUACAUCUUCCUCAUCGUGGAGAAGGGCAUCGACUCCGAGGUCUACAAGACGGCGCGGGCGCUGCGCAUCGUGCGCUUCACCAAGAUCCUCAGCCUCCUGCGGCUGCUGCGCCUCUGGACGCGAUCGGAUGAUCGCCUGAUCUUCCACAUGACCUACGACCUGGCCAGCGCGGUCAUGCGCAUCUGCAACCUCAUCAGCAUGAUGCUCCUGCUGUGCCACUGGGAUGGCUGCCUGCAGUUCCUGGUGCCCAUGCUGCAGGACUUCCCGCGCAACUGCUGGGUCUCCAUCAACGGCAUGGUGAACCACUCGUGGAGCGAGCUGUACUCCUUCGCGCUCUUCAAGGCCAUGAGUCACAUGCUGUGCAUCGGAUACGGGCGGCAGGCGCCCGAGAGCAUGACCGACAUCUGGCUGACCAUGCUCAGCAUGAUCGUGGGCGCCACCUGCUAUGCCAUGUUCAUUGGCCACGCCACCGCCCUCAUCCAGUCACUGGACUCUUCGCGGCGCCAGUACCAGGAGAAGUACAAGCAGGUGGAGCAGUACAUGUCCUUCCACAAGCUGCCCGCCGACUUCCGCCAGAAGAUCCACGACUACUACGAGCACCGCUACCAGGGCAAGAUGUUCGACGAGGACAGCAUUCUGGGCGAGCUCAACGGGCCCCUGCGGGAGGAGAUUGUCAACUUCAACUGCCGGAAGUUGGUGGCCUCAAUGCCAUUGUUUGCCAAUGCUGACCCCAACUUUGUCACAGCCAUGCUGACCAAGCUCAAGUUCGAGGUCUUCCAGCCAGGUGACUACAUCAUCCGUGAGGGCACCAUCGGCAAGAAGAUGUACUUUAUCCAGCACGGUGUGGUCAGCGUGCUCACCAAGGGCAACAAGGAGAUGAAGCUGUCUGAUGGCUCCUACUUCGGGGAGAUAUGCCUGCUCACACGGGGCCGGCGCACGGCAAGCGUGCGGGCUGACACCUACUGCCGCCUAUACUCGCUGAGCGUAGACAACUUCAAUGAGGUACUGGAGGAGUACCCCAUGAUGCGGCGCGCCUUUGAGACCGUGGCCAUUGACCGCCUGGACCGCAUCGGUGAGCGACCUAACCCUGGCAGGAGGGAGCCCGGGUGA